GCCACGAGAAUCUAUGUUAUACAAUAAAAUACAUAACAUAGAUUUGUAAUCUAAUUCUAAUCUAAGUCAUCUAAGAUUACUGAUUUGAUGAUCUAGAAAAUCUUAGAGAAUCUAGUGAUUAGAACUAGAUUAGAUCUAUUUGAUUUGUUGUAAAUUUUUGUAGAGAAAAACAAUGCUGAAUGACCUGAGUCCUGUUGCUGUUAUUCUUAUAACAUCUGGAACUCGAGGUAACAGGCUGUUGUUCAGGUACCCAUACACGCAGGAGCCAAGGCAUGCAAACAAAUCAAAAAGGGUCAUCGGGAAAAACCCUUACGCCAUUAAAAUAACGGAGAAUCUCCAGGAUGGUAAAAAGAGCAAAGUGUUCACAUCUUACAUCAAAGAUGGUGUCUUUACAGGAUUUUCAAACCAAACUAUAGCCAAUUUCUUAUUUGUAAAGUCUGAUCUAUGUGGCAAAAAAUUCAGCGUUGAAAUAGACGAUGUGAGGUUUGUUGGGUAUCCAAUCUCUUUACUUCACCUGACUAGAGACACCAACCUGCAGAAUUCCAUGAGCUCCACAUCAAGACAACACAAUAUCCUGUCCGUCAAUGUUGUGUUUGUUCUGAGGGCUGGCGUGUCAGAGUCUGUGAUCAGCUGUUACCAGGAGCUGACGCAACAGAUGGCUGUAGCUAUAGCUCACGAGGAGAAGAGAUGUCAGUACUUGACCAAGGAAGCAAAGAUAAUGAUGUCAGCAUUUGAUGAGGCAUCAGUGACCGGUGAUGAUGACAUGGUCUCGCCUCUGAAACAGAUCAUUCAUCACAGCAGCUUGGCUAAAGAGUUGAAAUCUGUUUUUGACAGUCUGGAGAGCAGUGGCCAGGCACUCUUCUUUAUGAACCAGUGGGUAGAAAUCAAUUUCUGCCUCCCACACAAAAUUCAUGCAAUGCUAAAUCCGGGUAGAACUAUACAAUUGGAGGCUAUUUACAGGUGCUUGUCAUAUGUACGACCGUACCAUGGCAUACUGCUGAUAAAAUCAGAGAAAGAGUUGCUGAAUUUUCUUCCACUAGAUGGCUCACCGUCGUUAGUUAGGCUUAUCAAAUUAACUACACCUGUCAAGAAUUUAAAGACUCUGGCGCUGGAGACAGAUCUGAGCAUUACACAGAUCUAUCAACUAGUUUGUCACAUGAUUUACUGGGGAUUUGCCAUGCUAAUCUAUCCACUGUGCCAGUUUAAUCGAUACGUAAUAUCUUCUGCAGCAGAUAUCUCUUUAAACUCCAGGCUGAGUCAAGAAUUUUCAAUGUGCUUUCCAGGAUUACAGCUUCAAAAAGAGAUCUUUAAAUAUUCUUUUCCUUCUGAUAUGUUAGAUGGCAAAGACAUGAUGGCUAAUUUGAAUCCCAGAUAUUUUGAUAAAAUAAACCAGGUAGUUGUGUGGAUGCUACAACACCAUGUUCUGAACCAGGUACACACCUAUGUUAACUUGUUGCCCGCCAGGAAAAAAGAAUUCCCUACAUCAUUCAAUGCUAGUCACUCGACCAUGUCUUCCACAUACUCAUCUACUUCCAGUGUCCAGGUAGUGGAGGAGUCUUAUCUCUCCGUCCUCUUGGAAGACCCAAGCACAUCCACCCUAGACCGGGCCACCAGCAUGUCUGACAUUGCUAGUGUUAACAGUGAAGAGAGUGGUGGCCAGUACACCAACCUGCUCUCCAAGUCACCUUCACAAGAAGCCAACAGCGAUGGGUCCAUUGUGCCAGAGGAUAUGAAGACACAAUGGAGAAUACCUGAUUCACUGCUGAAUGAGUUGAAGCCUGAGAUGAAAGCCGCCAUCUUUAAGUGUCAAGCUGCAAAGAAUCCUGAAGACCUGAAUUUAUUUGCUAAACUUUUCCCAUACUUCAAUGGCAAGCACCACUUGGAGGAGAUGAUGUUCUAUGAAAACUUGCACAGGUCACAGUUGGUGACACUGCUUGAUAAAUUUAACGAAGUGUUAGUGCUGUGUCACCACGAGGAUCCAGCUACAUCCUUGUUGUAGGAACAGUUUUUUUUUUGUUCAGUAACUGAACAUUUUAAACUGCAACGAGUUACUGUAUUAUAAUUAUAACAUAGGUGCAAUAUAAUUUACAACAAAUAUGUCUCUGUAUUCAUUUAAGGGACCAUUUUACCAAUACCACCUGUUACUAAGCCAAAGACUUCAUUUUUUAUAUGAAUUACUGACAUAUUUAUUUAUUAUCUUGUAUUUGUAACUUGUGGAAUAGUGAAUAUAAAAAGGAUGCUCAUUCUUCUAAAUGGCAAAACUGACUAGUGAAAACUUUUCAUCAAAGUCGGUUGUUUCUGUUUUUUUUUGUAUUAACUAAAACUAACAGUAUACAUUUAUUAUUGUGCUAAAUGCAGGACAUUGUUCAUCUCUUUUUGGAAUCCUUUUUUUAAUUUUAUACAUUUAUUUAAUGUUUGAGAGGAUGUAUUUUCAUUGAUAUUAUUAGAUUCA